AUGGAUGGUGCGAUGCGUCCACCCCCUGUGCCACAGAAGGCAAAGAGGCCGCAGGUGGCUCCGCCAGCAGAUGAACCGGCGCCAAAGCGUAUAGAGCUUGGGGAGGAGUUGCCAGAUGAAGUUUCGAGGGAGGACAUCCAGCAGAUGUUGGAUAAGGCUGAUGAACUUCAUGUGGAAGCCUUGACUGAGACUUCAUUGAAGCGCAUGCACCUCCAGUUCGAGCGAAAAGUGAAGCUCAACCGCGAGCUCAGAAUAAAGCAUGUGGACGAUCCAGACAAGUUUCUGAAAAGCGAAGUAGACCUUGAUGAGGAGAUCAAGAAGUUUACUUUGGUGGCCACCCACCCCGAGCUCUACGCAGCCUUGUUAAAGCUGGAAACAUUACCACUGCUCGUGGGCAUGCUCAACCAUGUGAACACAGACAUCGCCGUGGAUGUCUUUGAAGUGCUCAGUGAACUCACGGACCCAGAAGUCCUGAGUGAAGUCGAAGAUCCCGAGGGCUUCGUCAAGGCGAUCUUUGAUGCUCAGCUCUGCCAAAUGACAGUCGAUGUCCUCGCGCGCAUUGACGAGACUGUCAGUGAUGAAGAUUUCAAGGCCGUCACCAAUGGGCUGAGUAUGAUCGAAAACCUGGCAGACCUGAUGCCGCAAGAGACUUGUCGACAGUUCCUGGAGAUUCCCACUUUCCUUCCCUGGUUGAUCAAACGCUUGCGAGCGCAGGGCAUGGAUUACAACAAGGUGUAUGCCUCGGAAAUCCUGGGCAUUGUGCUGCAAAACUCUGAACGUGCACGAGAGGAGAUGGUGAAGCUUGAAGGUGUUGAUAAGCUUCUCCGCGGUAUUGCGGCAUACCGAAAACGUGACCCUGCUGACAGCGAGGAGGCAGAGUACGUUCAAAACAUGUUUGACUGCAUUUGCUCGUUGAUGCUCUUGAAGACCAAUCAAAUUGCGUUUGGCAGCUUGCAAGGGUUGGAGCUGAUGAUCCGUAUGAUGCGGGAGAAAGUCUUUGCAGCUACGCUGGCCUUGAAAUUGGUGGACCAUUCCUUGCGCCACUGCCCAGAGAAUUGUCAAAUUUUUGUGGAGAAGCUGGGGUUGAAGGUCCUAUUCGCGAUCUUCAUGAAGAAAGGAGCCAAAACCAAGAAACAAAGUGAAGCAAAAGAAGUCGAAGAGCACGUGACAUCGAUUGUCCAGUCGCUCUGCAGAUAUUGUACCGGAACACCAGUCGCAAGGGUCCUGAACAAGUUUGUGGAAAGCAACUUCGAAAAACUCGAGCGAUUGCUUGAAAUGCAUGAGGAGUAUCAUCGCUCAGUUCAGGAGGCCGACCGAGAACGCGAUCAGGGCUUGGCACAGAAGAUCGACCGCGAGCUCGAAGUCAAUGAAGAGGAGCAACUCUUCCUGGAUCGUUGCGAUGCAGGGCUAUUCACCUUGCAGCAGGUGGACCUGAUCCUUGUGCGCCUGGUCAACAUGGGCAAUCGGCAAGCUACUGAAGAGAUUGGAAAGCUGAUGGAUGUGAAAGGCGUGAAAUUGGAAGAGAUCAAGAAGAUCGUGUUGGAGUACUGCACCAAUUUGGGCCAAGAAGCGCAGGAGGAGAGGGGAGAAGUGAUCUCAUACCUGCGGGCUAUGCUCACCAGGUAUGGAGGUGACGCAAGUGCAGUUGAGGAGCCCGCAGUGGCCGGCAGCAAAACUCCAGAGGAUUUGGAUGGUGCAGUCACGCCUGAUGAAGCUGAUCCCAAUCAGGUGACUGAUGACGAAGCUCCGAAAGAAGAGAAGGAGACCAAGGAAAAGAAAGAUCGAACCAAGUGA